GCAAUGGAUGAAGAAUUGAAGUGUCCCGUAUGUGGUUCUCUUUUCAAAGAGCCAAUUCUGUUACCUUGUUCGCACAAUGUUUGCUCGGCUUGUGCCCGAAACAUCAUCGUACAGACCCCAGAUGGCGAGACUCCUCCGCAUAGCCGGGCAUCGGGAAACUCCGAUUAUGAUUAUUUGGAUAUGGACAAGAUGAGCAUGUAUAGCGAAACAGAUAGUGGGUACGGGUCGUACACACCUUGCCUCAAAUCGCCAAACGGAUUGCGAGUGUUCCCACCAACUCUUGCCAACCGACACUGCUCCAUCACCUGCCCGCUCUGCCACCGUAGCGUCUCUCUGGACGAACGGGGACUGAGGGGCUUCCCACGGAACCGGCUUCUGGAGGCGAUAGUGGCGCGCUACCAACAGAACCGAGCUGCCUCAAACGCUGUCAAAUGCCAACUGUGCGACCGUAACCCUGUCGACGCCACCGUGAUGUGCGAGCAGUGCGAUGUCUUCUACUGUACACCGUGCCAACAGCGUUGCCAUCCCUCUCGUGGACCCUUGGCCAAGCACCGCUUAGUCCCACCGACCCAGCCGCCACCCUCGGCCUCCCAGCAGCAGCAGCAGCAGCCCACUGCCACGGCGCGUAAACCGACAACAUGCGCGGAACACGAAGCCGAAAACUACAAUAUGUAUUGCAUGAACUGCAAGUUGCCACUGUGUCAGCACUGUCUGGAGGACGGUAAACACAGCAAACACGACGUAAAACCCAUCACCAUCAUGUGGAAAAUGCACAAGGGCCAGCUCUCCCAAGCUUUAAACGGGGUGUCAGACAAAGCCAAGGAUGCCAAGGAGUUUCUAGUUCAGCUGAAGAACAUGCUGCAACAGAUACAGGAGGGUGGCGUGGAGUUUGAGGCCUGCCUGGUGGCGCAGUGUGACUCCCUGAUCGAGGCCCUCACCAGGCAGAGGGCCAAACUCCUCACCAAGGUCAACAAGGAACGGGACUACAAGCUGAAGGUGGUGCGGGACCAGAUAACCCACUGCACCAUGAAGCUGCGGCAGACCACCGGCAUGAUGGAGUACUGUCUGGAGGUCAUCAAGGAGAACGACCCCAGCGGAUUCCUACUGAUCUCGGAUGCCCUGAUCAAACGUGUGCAGGGUUCCCAGGAGCAGUGGGUGAAGGGGGCGCUGCAGCCCAAGGUGGGGCCAGAGUACGACCUGACCCUCAACACGGACCCCCUCUUGCAGACCAUCCUCCAGCUGGACUUCACCCAGGCCAAAGAUGUACAGGAAGCGCCCACGUUAAUCAAACAAAUGCAUGCCAAUGGGGGCCAGAAAGAGGCGGAGAGCACAGGAGCCCAGACCCCCACGGCGCCCCCGGCCCCUCUGCUGCAGCUGGAGAAGUGCUGCACCCGGAACAACAGCGCCACGCUGGCCUGGAGGAUCACUGCCGUGCCCCCCGUACAGGUGGACGCCUACGUGUUGGAGCUGGACGACGGCAAUGGGGGACAGUACAGGGAAGUGUAUGUGGGGAAGGAGACCGUGUGCACAGUGGAUGGCCUGCACUUCAACAGCUCCUACAACGCCAGAGUCAAAGCCUACAACUCAGUCGGGGUCGGGCCCUACAGCAAGACUGUCAUUCUGAAGACUUCUGAUGUGGCGUGGUUCUCGUUCGACCCGCUGUCGGCCCACCGGGACAUCGUGCUGUCCAACGAGAACCAGACGGUGUCGUGCAGUAGCUACGACGACCGCGUAGUGCUGGGCACGGCUGCCUUCUCCAAGGGCGUCCACUACUGGGAGCUCAGCGUCGAUCGCUACGACAACCACCCGGACCCGGCCUUCGGCGUGGCCCGCAUCAACACCGUGAAGGACAUGAUGCUGGGCAAGGACGACAAGGCUUGGGCCAUGUACGUGGACAACAACCGCUCCUGGUUCAUGCACAACAACUCGCACACCAACAGGGCUGAGGGUGGCAUCAGUAAGGGCUCCACAGUGGGCAUUCUGCUGGACCUGAACAAGCGCUCUCUCACCUUCUUCAUCAACAAGGAGCAGCACGGCCCCGUGGCCUUCGAGAACCUGGAGGGGGUCUUCAUGCCUGCCGUCAGCCUCAACAGGAACGUCCAGGUGACUCUGCUCACAGGCUUGGAGGUACCGAAGAACAUAAAACAGUGAACCUGUGCCACGGGUGUCAGAUCAUUGCUAACCUAAAACACUGUAAGACUAUAAACUUCAACAUCUACAGCUGUUUGA